UUUAUUAUCAGCUUUCUCUCAUAUGUUUUUAUCUAAGGUGCUCAGCCCCACUAAACUUCCGAUUAUAUAUAGGUAGACUUGAAUACAUGCACUUCAUUGUACAUAGCAGCCGUGCCAACCUUGGCUCUCCCAAACCUGUGUCUCUGUAGAAACCUCGGCCUUUGUAAAACAAAACUAAGGAUCAAAACUAGAACUUGGCCUUUGUGUAAAAGAAACCAAAGGACAAACUCAUCACUGCCAAGCAUGACUGUCACACCUUCUGUUUCCUCAGCCAAGGGCCGUGUCCUUAUAGUCGGAGCAACAGGUUUAAUCGGUCAGUUUGUCACGGAAUCCAGCCUAGACGCCGGCCGAUCCACCUAUGUUCUUGUACGGCCUAGUGCCUGCGGCCCUUCUAAGGCCAAAAUCAUCAAGGCUUUUCAAGACAAAGGCGCCAUCAUCUUACAUGGACAGGUUAAUGAUAAGGAAUUCAUGGAGAAAAUAAUGAGAGAGCAUGAGAUUGAUAUAGUAAUAUCAGCUGUGGGAGGUGAAAACAUACUAGACCAGCUCACCUUAAUCGAAGCCAUUAAAACUAUUGGUACCAUAAAGAGAUUCCUACCAUCCGAGUUUGGGCAUGACGUGGACAGGGCUGACCCGGUGGAACCGGGUCUCAGCAUGUAUGAAGCAAAGCGCAGGGUUCGGCGUUUGGUUGAGGAGUCCGGUGUACCUUAUACUUACAUUUGUUGUAAUUCCAUUGCUUCUUGGCCAUACCACGACAACACACACCCUUCCGAGGUUCUCCCGCCGUUGGAUCAGUUCCAAAUCUACGGUGAUGGUAGUGUCAAAGCUUACUUUGUUGCUGGCACUGAUAUUGGAAAAUUUACAAUGAAAACUGUGGAUGACAUUCGAACUGUCAACAAAAGUGUGCAUUUUCGACCAACUUCCAAUCUGUGUAACAUCAAUGAGCUUGCAUCUUUAUGGGAGAAAAAGAUUGGAAGAACCCUCCCUCGAGUGAUCAUCACUGAAAAUGACCUACUAGCUGCCGCUGCAGAGAAUUGCAUACCUCAAAGUAUCGUUGCAUCAUUUACUCAUGAUAUAUUCAUAAAGGGUUGUCAAAUUAAUUUCACAAUCGAUGGCCCUCAAGAUAUUGAAGUGAGCACUCUUUACCCAGAUGAAACUUUCCAAACCUUGGAUGAUUGCUUCAAUGACUUUCUUGCCAAAUUAGGUGACAAACCUGUGAACACUAAUAAAAUUACUACCACAAAUCCCGUAGUUGAAUCUAUGGCAAUCACCGCAUGAUACGCUUUAUCAUAUCAAAAGGGCACAGUAUUAUUCCCUUUUUUUUUUUUUUUUUUUUUUGUGAAGAAACUGUUCAAUAAAUUGGGAGUCCAUUUGUUGUUCUAUGAUUUAUCUAGAUUUCCUAGUGAUUUCUGGAAGGAACAUUUGUAAUCUUACUUGUUUUGGCGGGAAAAAAAGGUCUUGAUAUGGGGUGGGGGAGUGGAUUAAAUUUUAGAGACAUGUAACUAUGUAAGUCUCAUCUAUAUGAUUGUUUAUAAGUGUAUCUGCCUCAAGUGAUGUAAGUGAUUAUUUCUUUAACUUAUGCCUCCAAAUU